AUGGCUACAGCACGGCUUAUCACCUGGGGGCUGCUCCUGGCCACCGGGGUCCCCACCGGGGUCCAGGGAACGCUGUCGGCGGGGCUGUCCCCAGGUGGGACCCUGCAGCGGGGCAGGGACCCCCUGCAUAGCCCUGCCUGGGGACAGCAGCGGCCGGGCCCAUCCCCUGCCUGGGAAGCAUCAGGGGACCCGAGCGGCGCCGGGGGCCCUGGGAGCGAGCGCUGGGGGGGCGGCAGCCUCGUGCGCUGGUCCCCACCGCUGCAGGCCGGGGAUGCCACCGGGGCAUCCCUGGAGACGGAAACCACCGUGGCAGGCGCUGGCACUGGGGCCUGGUGGAACGGUGGCGCAGCCCCAGCCGUGGCGGAGGAGCCGCUCAUUGCCUGGCAAAGACACGAGGCUGAAGGCCAGGACAGCCCGCGGGGGGGGACCUGGCUGCCCCAUGGCUCUGCAUUGGGGACACCGGGCCCCGAGGUGCCUGCAGACACGGGGCCGGGCUCUCCGGGGCUGCCCUGGGCAGGGCAGAGUGCCGCCGGGCCAGCCGGCACCCUCAGCCCUCGGCUGACCGUGUCCACCGUUGCCCUGACCCCCAUGCUGGCAGCAGGGACAGGGACGGGGACAGCAGACACCCACGCAGGGGGACAGCCAGUGCUGGGGGGAUCCACGGCGGCCCCGGGCACACAGUUCGCUCCAGCCAACAGCCAGCCUGUCCCACUGGGCACUGUCCCCAUCCCCCACCCCACGAGCACAGGGCCAGCCCAGGGUCCCCACGCCAGCCCCAGCUCCCCACAGCCAGUGGGCAGACAGGGGGACCUGGGGGGGACCCCCAGCCCCUCCCUGGCUCUGCCCAGCUCUGCCCCACGGCUGCCCCCCACAGCCCCAUCCUGGGGGCUGGCUGAGCCCUGGACCCGGGUGCUCCCAGCUCACCAGCGCAGCACCCGGAGGGCCCCGCUCAGCCACGCCACUGCCAGCCCUGGGGACGCAGCCCCUCGCACGGACCCCAGGCCAACGGGGCAGCAGGGACCCCAGCUCGCCCCGGGGGCUGCCCUCAGCACCAGCCCCGCACCACCACCUGCCUCCAGCAUGGCCCCCCCCGGCACAGGGCUGCUGCCCGAGGAAGAUGUCGGCUCCCCACAGCGGGUCCGGGGCGCUGUGGGCCCCGCGCCCGAGUACCCCAACAACUGCUACGACUGGGCCAGUGGCGGCACAGGUGGCACCGGUGGCACCGGCCCGGAGCGGGCACCCGCCAACGACAUCUCCAAGAGCCUCAUUCGCAACCCAGCCGAGCAGCUGCCCCUGCGGGCACUCAAGGACAGCAACGAGGCCUGGGCAGCUGCCGCCGGCAGCGCCAGGAUGCCGGGGCUCAGCCCCAAGUGCCCCAACGCGGUGGCUGCCCGCUCCUGCGCUGCCUUCGAGCAGGGCUCGUCCCCCUCGCUGGGAGAGCUGGCCUUCCGCCCGCCGUCCCCCAUCGACCUGCGCCGCAGCAUCGACCAGGCACUCUGCCGCCGGCACCUCCUGCACGAUGGCCUCUUCGGCCGACCCCGCCGUGGUUCCGGCGCCUCGCUGCACGACUCCCCGGCCCCCGCCGAGACCCCCGGCUUGGGGCGCAUGGCACGCUGCAGCUCGCUGACAGACCUGCCUGGCCCCCGGCAGCCCCCCGGCAGCAUCACCAUCACCGUCACCGCCUCGGCCAGCUCGCUGGAGAGCAGCUCGCUGAAGAUCAGCUGGAACCCCUGGCGCCAUGGGCUGUCCUCGCCCGACAGCCUGCCCCUGGACGAGGCGCCCAGCCGGGCCCCCCUCCUGGUGCCCGCCAUGCCCCCCCCAUGGGAGCGCGAGGGCCCCCGUGGCUUCCCGGCCCUUGGCAAGGCGGCGGACGCCCGCAGCCUCUCCAGCGACACCAUCGAGCUCUGA